CCUGUGCUGCACCAACCCAGCACAGGAGGCAGGCAGGUGAACAGCAAGAGGUGGCUACCCACACCUCUCUAGGCAGCACCACGGGCCCCCUCUUCCCGGCUGCAGUAUUCAUAGAAGGGGAGCGAGAGAGGACAGGGAAACGCGGCUGCUUGCUACUCCGUCUUGCCUCCUUUAACUCAGAAGCUGUGGGUUUUUUUUUUAAAGCGUACUUUCCUAAACCGUAGUCUACACGCGGUUGUGAAGGAAACAAGCCGCUGAACCUCCUUCCAGCAGUGUCUCUUCCCCUCCUCCUCCUCCUCCUCCUGAAUAUUCAUGCCUCUCCUCCCAGUGACGUUGCAGCAGUCCCGCGUUGAAAGCUUGAGAGCUGUUCUGGUCCUGGCAGUCAAGACUGUGAAUGACUGAGCAGUAGCGGCAGUAACAAUAAUAGCGGACGCUGCGGUGCGGCUGCUCUCGCGCUUGCCUUGCCUUUCCCUCCCGUUGCUACAGCUCAGAGACAGGAGCGGACUCCGAGGGAGCGCGGCGCAGCUUAGCCCAGCGCCUCCUGUGCCUUGACAGCUGUGGCCGCGGUAGUAAAGCCCGAGAAUAAAGCGCGUCGUGCUGCCCGGGUGCGGAGAGGAUGAGGCAAUGCUGGGAGUGGGUGUUGCUCCUGUUGGAGGUCGGCAGUUUCUUCGCCGCGAAAGUAAACAAACACAAGCCAUGGAUUGAAACUUCUUAUCAUGGAGUUAUUACUGAAAACAAUGACACAGUCAUUUUGGAUCCUCCCUUGGUUGCUUUGGACAAAGAUGCCCCUAUUCCAUAUGCAGGUGAAAUCUGUGCUUUUAAAAUCCAUGGACAGGAAAUGCCCUUUGAAGCUGUAGUGCUAAACAAGACAUCUGGAGAAGGUCGUCUUCAAGCAAGAAGUCCAAUUGACUGUGAACUGCAGAAAGAGUACACAUUCAUCAUCCAGGCAUAUGACUGUGGCGCAGGUCCUAGUGGAACAAACUGGAAGAAAUCUCACAAGGCUGUGGUCCAUAUCCAGGUAAAGGAUAUCAAUGAAUUUGCACCAACUUUUAAAGAAACAUCCUAUAAGGCUACUGUGACAGAGGGAAAGAUCUAUGACAGUGUAUUACAGGUGGAAGCCUUAGAUGAAGAUUGUUCUCCUCAAUACAGCCAGAUAUGCAAUUAUGAAAUUGUCACAACAGAUGUUCCAUUUGCCAUUGACAGAAAUGGGAAUAUCCGAAAUACUGAGAAGCUGAGUUAUGACAAACAACGUCAGUAUGAGAUAAUGGUAACUGCUUUUGACUGCGGGCAAAAACGUGCAGCUGAAGAUGUCUUGGUACGAGUUGAAGUCAAGCCUGUAUGUAAACCUGGAUGGCAAGACUGGAAUAAGCGUAUUGAAUACAGGCCUGGUUCUGGAAGCAUUCCGUUGUUUCCUGGCAUUCAUCUGGAGACUUGUGAUGGACCUGUUUCUUCUAUUCAGACCACUAUUGAACUGCAGACCAACUACAUUGGAAAGGGCUGUGAUCGUGAGACAUAUUCUGAAAAAUCCCUGCAAAAAUUAUGUGGGGCGUCAUCAGGUGCCAUUGACUUGUUACCAACUCCCAGUGCAGCAACGAACUGGACAGCUGGGCUUCUGAUAGACAGCAAUGACAUGAUUUUUAAAUUUGAAGGGAAACAAGGAGCCAAAAUCCCUGAUGGAAUAGUACCAAAGAAUCUAACAGAUCAGUUUACCAUCACCAUGUGGAUGAAACAUGGCCCAAGCCCAGGAUUAAGAGCAGAGAAAGAAACUAUUCUGUGCAAUUCCGAUAAGACAGAAAUGAAUCGGCACCACUAUGCACUUUAUGUGCACAAUUGUCGUCUUGUGUUCCUGUUGCGAAAAGAUUUUGACCAAGCUGAUACCUUCCGUCCUGCAGAAUUCCACUGGAAACUUGACCAGAUUUGCGAUAAAGAAUGGCACUACUAUGUUGUCAACGUUGAGUUCCCAGUAGUUACCUUGUAUAUGGAUGGUACAACGUAUGAACCUUACCUUGUAACUAAUGACUGGCCUAUACAUCCAUCACACAUAGCAAUGCAACUUACUGUUGGCGCUUGUUGGCAAGGAGGUGAAGUCACUAAACCCAGAUUUGCACAGUUUUUCCAUGGCAGCCUUGCCAGUCUAACCAUCCGACCAGGCAAAAUUGAGAGUCAGAAAGUGAUUUCCUGUUUGCAGGCCUGCAAGGAAGGUUUGGAUAUUAAUUCCCUGGAGAGUCUUGGCCAAGGAAUAAAGUACCACUUCAAUCCUUCCCAGUCAGUACUUGUAAUAGAAGGGGACGACAUUGAGAAUAUAAAUCAAGCUCUCCAAAAGGUCUCCUAUAUCAAUUCAAGACAGUUUCCAACCUCAGGCAUUCGCCGCCUGAAAGUCUCAUCAAAAGUCCAAUGUUUUGGUGAAGAUGUCUGCAUUAGUAUCCCAGAUAUAGAUGCCUAUGUAAUGGUGUUUCAGGCCAAGGAGCCCAAGAUUACAAUAAGUGGAAUGGAUCAUUUUGCAAGACCGGCUGCACAAUUUGAACAUGAAAGAGGCGUAACUCUUUUACCAGAUAUCAGAAUUAUCAGCACAGUGACUAAAAUGGAACAUCCUCCUGACUGGAAGGAAACUGAGGAUAGAGCUGAAGCUCUCGAAGAAAUGCACCACAACUUGGAUUUUUGUGACAUUUUGGUAAUUGGAGCAGAACUGAACCCCAUGCAUGAGUGUUUGGAACUGGAUCGAAAGGAACUUCAAGGAAAGCACUUAGAUGCUACGAACUCCACAGCAGGGUAUUCAAUAUAUGGUGUGGACACAAUGAGAAAUUAUGCACAGGUCUUGCGACAGGUUCGUUAUCGUAAUUGGCACACAUCUUCCAUCCUUGAUAGAAAGUUUAGAAUAAAGUGCUCAGAGCUGAAUGGACGUUACACCAGCAAUGAAUUUAAUUUAGAGGUUAAUAUUCUACACAACUCCAACUCUAAUACUAUGGAAUAUGUAAAUCACAUGGUAAUACAGCCACAGUUUCUCCAAUCUGUCCAUCACCCAGGGGAAAGCAUAAACCAUAUCCAUGGCUCAGUUCUUCCAAGUGUGGCUACUAUAGUCAUAAUAAUCUGUGUCAGUAUCCUGGUCUUCAUCAUAGCUUUGGGGGUAUACAGAAUCCAAUCAGUUUACCAACACAGCUCAAAGGAAAAUGAAAGUAGUAAAGAAAAUGAAAUGGACUGGGAUGAUUCAGCUCUGACCAUCACUGUCAAUCCGAUGGAGAAAUAUGAACAACCUUGUCGUAUAGAAGAAGAAAGUGAGGAGGAAGAGGAAGUAGAAGAUGAAGAUUCAACCAGUGCUGAGUCAGAAGAGAGUGAGGAGGAGGAGGAAGAGGAAGAAGCCAUUGGGAAUAAAGGAGACAAACAAAAUGCAUCCAGGCAAGAUCAACUGGAGUGGGAUGAUUCAACACUACCCUACUAGAAACCCUUAAUUCUCUUGCUCCUUUUGUAUACACCAAUACUGUGUAUUUCUGAGUCAAUCCUAUUGCAUCAACCCCAUCUUGGAUCUAUGAAUUAAUUGGCAGGAUUUAACUCCCUAUUGACUACAGAUGAGAGAACUGCAUUGCUUGAAUUUGAUGUAGUAUCAAAUUGCUCCAGAUAGUUAUUGUGUGGGUAAUGGCACCUGGCAAAGCACAGGGUACAACCAUUUACGUCUCACCUAAUAACACCAACCUCACA